CCUGAGCUCGGUUUAUGCUAGGAACAUUCUUAGUUUUCACGAGUAUUGUCAAAUAUGGGUUACACUAUAUUUAAUGUUUUAACUUUACGGUAUUCUAAUUGGGACAUUGCCACAAAUGGCACAUAAAGGGACAAACCCAGGUUUAUACUAAGCAUGUCACCCGGGUACGAUAACUAUGGCGUCAUUUUGUUUGCUUCCGUACUUUUUUCCACAAAUUUGAGCGGAAUGACUUAAGCGAGGACGAGUCCUGCGCUCGCCUUUCGGCUCACACGGUGGCGCCGUCGGCCGCCAAAGAGAAACCCGUUUUCGGAGACAAAGUGGAGAUUAACAACAUCCCGUCUCAUUAGCUUCAGCCACUGAGCAACAGCUACCUAAUCUUUCAACAGGGUCAGCGUACAUGUGCUUAUGAACGUGUACAGCCAUAGUGGCUCUCACAUGGAGAGAGAGAGACAUACAGAGAGAGCGAGAUAGAGAGAGGGAGGUCAAGCCUGGGUCCGAUCCGCUACUUUUUGUUUGACCGUCUGGAGUCCCGUUUGUUAGUUGGAUGGAAUACGCGCUUCAGCUCAUGUUGCUACCUCGGAUCCCACUACUGCCCUGCCUGAAGGAAUAGCCGACUUUUAAACACCAUCAAAGGGGAGAAGAGGCAUCAUCCAUGUUAUCCUCAAGCUUAAGGAUAUCUCUGUAAUUUCUCUUGGACUUGGACUGGACAGGCAAGGUGUAAAGGAAUGCCCACUUUCCUCCAGUUUGCUGGGUUGGUUCUGGCUCUGUCCAUCCCCGGCAUAACAUCCGAUUCAGCCACUCUGCGGUUCUCGGGGCAGACAGACUUUAUCGUGAACGAGAGCAGCACAGCUGUGGUCCGCCUGGUUGUGGAGAGAGUGGGAGACCCUGUCAAUGUCACGGCUUUGGUUCUGCUGGAGGGAGCCGACACAGGAGAUUUUGAGGCUGUUACUGCCGCAGCCUUUCUGCUAGCCACUGAAUCUAGUAAGACUAUCUUCAUUGCCGUGAAGGAUGAUGACCUGCCUGAAGCUGACGAAACAUUUACCUUCAACCUCACUCUACAGAGUUCUUCCAAUGGCGUGACGCUGGGAACACCCAAAAAGGCCACUAUAACCAUCCUGUCCAAUGAUAACGCCUUUGGAAUCAUUGCCUUCAAUGCUACUGAGGAGGUCAUUGUUGACGAACCAAGAGGCGGUAAUUUGUUUGUGCCCCUAACCCUAAUCAGAGAAAAGGGGACAUAUGGGACGGUGACUGUGAACUUUGAGAUCUCCGGUGGUCCCAAUCCUGCCUUUGAGGAUGUCACCCCAGCAAGAGGAACUAUCACCAUUCCUCUUGGGCAUGCUGUCUUUCACUUCAAUAUCCUCAUCCAAGAUGACCAGAUUCCAGAGGAUGAUGAAGUGUUUUCAGUAAGACUCACUGGCGUGGGAGGCGGAGCUCUCCUCAGGCCCGACAGGAGCAGUGUUCAACUGAGGAUCCGACGUAAUGACAGCCCACUGAGGUUCUCAAACUCUGUCAUCGCAGUAGCAGAGUCUGCGGGAGUUAUCACCCUGAAUGUGACACGCGGACGGAUGACCGAGGACGGGCCACUCCUGGGCUCUGUUGACACUGAGGUCUCUGUGAAUUACAUGAUUGUAAGUGGUAAAGGACUGGUCAGCGCCACACUCGGUGAAGACUUCCUCGACUUGCAACCAGUCAAAACAGUCACCUUCCCUCCAUUUGUCUACAAGACCAGCCUGCUGUUUAACAUCACCAAUGAUGAAGUGCCAGAAAUCGCAGAGUCCUUCCAAGUGGUCCUGCUAGAAGAGAGCAUUAAAGGCGAUGCAGUGCUAGUUUCACCUAAUGCUGUGCUUGUCACCAUCGAGCCUAAUGAUAAGCCUCACGGCGUCCUGUCAAUUAGCAGCAGUGCGGUCCUUCAGCCAAUCAGCAUCAAUGAAGACUUGACACAAAGGUUUGAGGGCAUUAUUAUUGUGAGGAAUGGUGGUAGCUACGGCAAUGUUUCUGCCAACUGGUCCAUCAGUCGUAACUCAAGUGACCUUUUGCCGGUAUCUGAUGACCUGACGCCUGAGGCCGGGGUGGUGAGCUUUGCUGCCGGACAGGUGACCGCUGUGAUUCCAAUAGAUAUCGUGGCAGACGAUCUACCUGAAGAAGCAGAAGCUUUUGUGCUAAAGCUGCUGCCGCAUACUGUGACCGGAGAUGCAGAGGUUGACGAACCCAUGGAGGUGGUGUUUUACAUCCAGGACAGUGAUGACGUCUACGGGAUAUUUCGUUUCAACCCAGAAAGAGAACAAAUCAUCCAAAGCCAACCUGAAGGCCGUUUCCUGUCACUAAACUUCCUGCGGGAAGGUGGCACGCUGGGUGAUGUGUCAAUGAGUCUCACUGCCCUCUACAUUCCCGCAGGUCCAAUAGACCAAGUGCUGGCACAUGACCAGGUUCUGAAUGUUAGCAGAACUGUGAAUGUUGUCUUCUCUCGUGAACGUACGGUCCAUUUCGUUGUGCCGAUCAGGAACGACGCUUUUCUGCAGAACGGAGCUCAUUUCUUUAUUCAGUUGAAUUCACUGGACCUUGUUGAUAUCACUCCCAUUAUUCCCACAAAAAGCCCAAGAUUUUUGGGACCUCUGGAACUCACCCUGAGAGUCACCCCUGACAUUGCCAAUGGGGAAAUUGGUUUUACAAGUAACAGCACAGUGGUGAUUCAUGAACCAGAGAACAGCAACAUCAGCAUUGUGAGCCUCCAGUUGCAGCGUGAUGGCACUGACGGUCAGGCUAUAGUGUUGUGGAGUCUCAAGCCAAUCGGAGCCAACCGUGCGGACGUAACCACAAAUGAUCUUACACCUUUCAACGGCUCUGUGGUUUUCAUGUCUGGGCAGAGCAAUGCCACCAUUAAUCUCAUGAUAAUGGCUGACAAUACACCAGAAGUAAACGAGACCUUGCUGCUUACCCUGGAUAGGAGUAAUGUUGAAAAUCAGAUACUGAAAGCUGGCUAUACAAGCAGAGAGAUUGUCAUCAUUGAAAACGAUGACCCUGGGGGGGUCUUUGAGUUCUCCCCUUCCUCCAGAGGUCCAUGGGUCAUCAACGAGGGGGAAGCAGUGGAGCUCCAUGUGGUCAGAGCUCAGGGACAGCUGCUGAAACAACUGGUGCGAUAUGCAGUCAUGCCUGCAGGCAACACAGAAUUCUAUGGCUCCACAGGCAUAUUGGAGUUUAAACCAGGCGAGAGAGAGGUUGUGGUGGCCCUGGUGGCGAAGCCAGAUGCGGUGCCAGAGCUGGACGAGACUUUCUUGGUGACACUUAGCAGCCACAGCACUCCACCCAGUCGCCUUGGCAGCCACAGAGAGGUCAAUGUCACGGUGAGGAAGAAUGACGACCCCUUUGGGGUCAUCCAGUUCAGUCAAUCAGGAGCGACAGUGGUCAUAAGUGAGAGCAAAGGCAAUGAGACACACCAAGCAACUUACAUUGUAGAGAGAAACCGGGGGCUUUUUGGAGAGGUUUCAGUGUCCUGGAUCCUUGAGCCAGCUGCUCCCAAAGAUGUUAGCCCCAUCCAGGGAAACAUCACAUUCAAGGAGAGGGAAUACUUGAAAAAUGUCACUCUUUUCUCUUUACCUGAUGGGAUCCCUGAAAGCACGGAGAAUUUCACGAUCACAUUGGUGAAUGCAAGUGGUGGAGCAAGACUGGGAAACAGUGUUACUGCCAAUUUACACAUCAGCAAAAAUGAUGAUCCUAUUUACUUUUCUGAACCCAUUGUUGUACAGCUUCACGAAGGCGGCAUAGCCAACUUCAGUGUUCUAAGGGCCGGACCAGCAGACUAUGUCAGCACAGUGAUGUACUCUGUGAAAUUUGGUGAUGCAUCACCAGACGAUCUUACCCUGCUGAGUAAUGACACAUUGCUGGUGUUCGAUAUUGGGGAAUGGAUGAAGAACAUCUCUGUGGCCAUAGAAGAUGACAACAUACCAGAGACUGAUGAACUCGUCUCUAUUGUACUGUAUAAUGCCACUGGUGAUGCUGUGGUGUAUGGAGCAGACACAGCUACUCUGGUAAUUCAGGCCAAUGAUGACGCCAAUGGCAUUUUCUCACUGGAGCAAACAGAAAAGUCGUUCGAGGAAGGAAAAAUCAGUAACAUUGAUGUCCUGAGAGCAAGGGGUCAUUUUGGCAAUGUUACAGUCUAUUGGCAGCUUUAUGCCAAUGACUCCAUCACUCCACUGUUGGAAAACGAAGAGUUUACCAACACCACUGGUUCUGUCACUUUCACCACUGGAGAACAGUCCAAAGCGAUCUCUCUGGAGGCCAUUUCAGAUAAGCUUCCAGAAUUUAAUGAGAUCUAUGUCCUCAGGCUGGUUAAUAUCUCUGGUGGUUACCCAGGCGAUGGUGGCCGACUCGCUGACACUUUUCUGAGUACCUCGCUUGUGAUUCCCUUCAAUGAUGACCCAUUUGGUGUCUUUGCUAUUGCUGACAACAGUCUGGACCAAGAAGUAGCAGAGGAUGUACUGGCAGAAGACGAUAUGGCCGAUGUCACUUCCUGUACCAUCCUACGACAGCAGGGUACUUUUGGUGAUGUACGGGUUGCCUGGGAAAUUGUAUCUGGACAUUUCCCAGAGGGUCUUCCCUUGAUGGAUGACCUGCUACUUCUAGCGUCCUUCCCUGAUGAGGUAGCGCUCAGGCCUCAUGCCAGAAGACACCACUCAGCAACGGAUGCAUGGUCUUUCUCUGGACUUCCUGGAGCCUACGGCACAAUCUCCCUCGAAGAUUCACCUCAUGUUCCAGGCAACUUUACAUUAUCCGCUUGGCUUGUGCCCAAAGCAGACACAGAUGGCUUCAUUGUUGCCAAAGGAACCAGAAAUGGCACCUUGUACUACGGAGUGAAAAUCCAUACCAAUGAGUCUCACAUCACAGUGAUGUUGUACUACACAAUCGUGGACUCGAACAACACCCAAAUGGCCCAGGCCACUGCUGCCAAAUUUGUGGAAAAUACAUGGUUGCAUGUCAUUAUUACAGUUGAUGAUGGGAUUAUUGAGUUUUUCCUGGAUGGGACCCCCAUUCCCGGAGGACUGAAGAGCAUUAAAGGAAAAGGCAUUGCUGAUGGUCCUGCAUCUGUAUUUAUUGGGUCAGACGCAUCAGGCCAACAGCGGUACACAGGCCUUCUUCAGGAUGUCCGCUUGUACCGGACCAAGCUCAAUCGUAGCCAUCUGCAUGAACUUCACACCCAGCCUGCCAAGACAGACCUGCGCACCAUCUCAGGUUACCUGCGCUAUCAGCCGCUGGAAAAACAGAAAUCGUUUGUUGUAGAAGUCAGGGAUGAUGAUGAAGAGGAGGGAGAAGAAGUGUUCUACCUGCAGCUGGUGGCUGUGCGAGGUGGCGCUCGCCUCCCAUUCCCCAGACCCACAGCCAUAAUACGAGUCAUGAAGAGUGACAAUGCCAAUGGGCUUUUUGGAUUCACUGGCCGCUGCAUACCUGACACUACUGAGGAGGGCUCUACUGUUUCCUGUGUGAUUGAGAGGAUGCGAGGGUCUCUCGACCACGUUUAUGUCAAUUAUUCUGUCACCCAAGUGAGUAACUUGGACAGUGAGAUGCCUGCAGAUCAGGAUUUUGUCAACGCCACAGGAGUUGUUCUUUUCAUGCCUGGACAGCGCUCAGAGGUACUGAACCUACUGCUGUUGGAUGACAGCCUGCCCGAGUUGUCAGAGACCUUUCACGUCAAAUUGGUGUCAGCAGAGUCCAGCGAUGGGAAGCCAGGCUCCACUCCCACCAGCGGAGCCAGCAUUGACCCCAAUAAUUCUGUUAAUAUUGUUACUGUAACAGCGAGUGACCAUCCUUAUGGCUUACUGCAGUUCCAGCCUCAUCCUCCAGUGGAUGUUUUGAUCCCUCCUGCUUUAGAACCUGCACACAUCACAGUCAACGAGGAAGACGGGCAGGUCCGUCUGCCAGUGGUCAGGGCCCAAGGCCUUGUUGGAAGGGUCAUGAUAGGAUACAGAACAACACCCUUCACAGCGUCAAGCCCUGAAGACUAUGAAGACUCUGAGGGUAUGCUGGACUUUCUACCAGGAGAGAGGUUAAAGUUCAUUACUAUCACCAUCGUUGACAAUCCUGUCCCAGAGCUGGACAAGGCCUUCAGAGUGGAGCUCUACAAUGCUGAUGGAGGAGUGGAUCAGUUUCUGCAUGUUGAGGAAAGUGGUAGUGGGGAGAGUGACUCAGAUUUCCUGCCUUCAUCCUUUCUCCACCGUGCCAGCUUGGGAGCUGCUUCCCGCAUCACAGUUACCAUCGCUGCCUCUGAUGAUGCCCAUGGAGUGUUUGACUUCAGCCCUGACUCUUUGUCCAUUAAUGGGACAGAACCUGAGAAUGAACGAAGCUCCGUUGUUCUACAGGUGGAUCGGUCCUUUGGUGAUCUCUCUAACGUUACAGUCUACUGGGAGGCUGAUCCCAGCUCAAGGGGAGAACUCCUUUACCAGUUUGGUAACAUCAGCUUUGCAGUUGGUCAAACAUCAGAACACAUCACAAUCACUGUGGCCCAGGAUGAAGUUCCUGAGUUGGACAAGAGCUUCACUGUUUCCUUGGUGAAUGUGUCCCAUGGCCGUUUGGGUGUCAAUACUUCUGCUACUUUAACCGUGCUCGCCAGUGACCACCCUUAUGGUAUUUUUGUGUUUGCCAACACCACAAGGCCUGUUCCACUGCCUGAAGGUGACUCAAUUGUUACUCUCAAAAUCCUGCGACAGAAAGGCCUCACAGGACAGGUGCGAGUUACAUACAGGACACUAAAGGAAGCAGAUCCAGCACCAUAUGGGACACCAGGGGUAGGCCGAGCCACCGAAAGGCGAGAUUUUGUUCCCCUUCUAGAUUCAGUGGUUUUUUUGGCUAAUCAAAGUGAAGCAAACAUCACUGUCAGAGUGCUGGAUGAUGAAGAUCCAGAGAGAGAUGAGUCAGUUUUUGUACAGUUGAUUGGAGUUCAGCUCAUCGAAGGAGGACAGGCGAGGCUCAUUCCCGAUUCCCCCUCUCUUGGCCCCAAGAUGGAAGUUGUAGCCCAGGUGAUAAUUGAGGCUAGUGAUGAUGCCUUUGGUGUUCUCCAAUUGUCAGCUCCUGCUGUCAGUGUGACUGAAGACUACGUUGGACCAAUUAUAAACGUUACACGAGUAGGGGGGAUAUUUGCCGAUGUAUCUGUAAAGUUCCGAGCUGUGCCUUUGACUGCCAGAGUCAGUGAAGACUACAGUGUUGCCUCUUCUGAUGUAGUCCUUCUUGAAGGGGAAUCCAGUAAAUCUGUACCAAUCUAUGUUAUCAAUGAUGUGGUGCCUGAGCUGGAGGAGACUGUUGUUGUUGAGCUGAUCAACCAGACUACUGGAGGAGCUCUGCUGGGCGAACUCACACGUUCCAUCAUCACCAUAUUGCCUUCUGAUGACCCUUUUGGUGCAUUUGUCUUUCACGCUGCCCCAGUCACCAUAGUGGAACCGGUUUCCAACUCCACUGAUGUUGCUCUGCCAAUAGUCCGUAAUGCCGGUACUGUAGGGACAGUGGUUGUCCAAUGGCAGGCCACUGUCAAUGGUGAACUAGCUGUGGGGGACAUCAAACCCACUUCAGGGGAGGUGACCUUUGCUCCUGGGGAGACCAUGAAGACUCUACUAGUGGAGGUCUUAGCUGAUGAUGUUCCUGAAAUCACUGAGAUUAUAAAGAUAGAACUCACUAGUGCCAGCAAUGGUGGAAACCUUGGAGCUGACACGUCUGUUAACAUUAAAGUGCCUGCUAAUGACAAUCCGUAUGGGACAGUCUACUUUGGCCAGCCUGUUUACCGCAUCCAGGAGCCACUUGAAGGAGUCUUUGGAGCCAAUAUUACUGUCCACAGAGGAGACGGGCACUUUGGCCGCUUGCAAAUCCUGUACAGCACUGUAGAGAUCGACCCGGUCCACUUAGCUCAAGCCGAAGGCCAGAACCUACUGACAUACUAUGACAUCCCAAAAACUGGGAUUCCAACAAGUCCCCCUAAAGAGUCCAUUAACAUCACCGGCCAGAAGGAUCCCCUGGCUGCAUGUGCAGCUAUAUGUUUAAGAGAGAGCGCCUGCCAAGCCUUCUCCCUAACAUCAAGCACAAUCCCGUCAUCCUGCAGUUGGGUGACUUCAGGGGCUGAUGAACUUGAAAUGAAAUCUCAGGUCAUGACUUAUGUUAAAAAUGUGACCGCAGCUGCUGUCUUGUUCAGUAGCCAGGCUGUGGCAGGGAGUGAUUAUGUCCCUGUGAUAUCCCAAAGUGCCUUUAUGGAGGAUGGAUCAGGGGAGGCCAACGUUACGGUACUUAUUUUGACUGAUAAAUUCCCUGAAGUGGACGAAAGCUUUGCCAUACAGAUCUUAAAGGUAGGAUUGAUGAAUGUGACAACAGCACAGAACAACCUGCCUACUAUUGGCCAACCAGAUAAAGCAGUGGUCACUAUAGGACUGAAUGGAGAUGCAUUUGGCAUAUUUUUGAUAUAUAGCGUCAGUCCCAACGCCACCAACAAGGGGCUCUAUGUUGAGGUUCGGGAAGAACCUUUAGUGGUGGUUCCCCUCGUCAUUGAAAGGAGAGGAGGGAACUUGGGGACGGUCACUGUGGAGUGGAGGUUUGUUGGAGGAAAAGCCACGCCAGAUAGUGACUUCACAGGAACAGGGGGAACUCUGGUGUUUGAUGGUGAACUCAACAAGAUCAUAGAGAUUGAAAUCAGAGAUGAUAUUGAGCCAGAAGACAAUGAGAACCUUAUGAUUGGUCUUGUUAAUACGGAGGGAGGAAGUCGAAUCCUACCCAGCUCGGAUACUGUUAACAUUGUGAUUCUGGCUAAUGAUAAUGUGGCUGGGAUUGUGGGAUUCCAUCCAGCAUCACGUUCAGUCAUCGCCAGAGAAGGUGAAAAACUGUCCUUAUUAGUUUUGAGGACUGCUCCGGGUCUGGGUAAUCUCACGGUGGAUUGGGUUAUACAUGGUCCCCUGGUAGACCGGACCUUCACUCAUACUGCAGGGAAACUUUUUUUUAUGGAGGGAGAGCUGAAUGCCACAAUUGUUCUGCAGCUUGUUGAUGAUGUCACACCAGAGGACAAAGAUGAAUACAAAAUUUCCUUGACGAACAUCCAAACUUUUGGUCUUGCGGUGACAGGUUAUGCCAGUCUUGAUGUUCAAGGAAGUGAGGCGGUGCUGACAGUGGACACCAGUGAUGAACCAUAUGGGUUGUUAACCAUUGCGCCAUCAUCCCUAAAGGUCACCACUGAGGAGCGUGAGCACACUAUAAACAUCUACAUCAACAGAGAGUUUGGAGGCUCGGGAGCCGUGAAUGUGACCUAUGAGGUUCUCAAAGGUUCCCUGCAGGACCUUUCUCAGGUCGAAGGAGCUCUUGCUGAACCAGGACAAGACUUCUUGGCGAGAAGUGGUUCUGUGAUUCUUCAAGAGGGUCAAACAUCUGUGGCCAUCCCUGUCACCAUACUGGAUGAUGACAUUCCUGAGUUGCAAGAACACUUCCUGGUCAACAUAACAUCAGCAGUAGUCAUUACAACUCUUGCCACUCUUCCUCGAAUAGAGGUUGCGUAUUGCACAUUACCAGACACUGAGCAUUUGGCGGCAGAAAUCAACAUUGCUGCUAAUGAUGGAAUUAGAGGAGUCAUUGAAUGGACAAACACAAUGUUUGAAGUGAAUGAAACACUAGGGAUUCUGACCUUGGUGGCCUACAGGAACAAAGGCACAUAUGGAAAUGUGUCUCUUUCCUUCCACGCUCAAAACCUGGAAGCUCAGCAAGGCCUGGACUACAACGCCAGUGAAAUGAUGCUCCAAUUUGUCAAUGGUGAAAAACACAAGUUUGUAGAUGUACAGAUCACUGAUGACAGCAUUCCAGAGGGAGCUGAAAGAUUCCAGCUGAUUCUGUCUGAUCCCUCACCUGGGCUUGAACUUGGCAUCAAUACCACAGCCACUGUAAACAUCCUGGCAAGUGACGAUGGACAUGGUGUCAUAUCUUUUAACACCAGCAAGCCUUUCUUACUAAAGGAGCCCACAUCAGCGUCAGGGCUGAGCGACAGCAUGGCUGCCCUCCAUGUGGUUCGGAACCCUGAGGAGGGUACAUUUGGUACCGUGACUGUACAGUUUACUAUAACAGAUGCCAAUGGCAGCCUUGCAGAUGAUGAUCUAAUGCCAGCACAAGGGUUUGUGGUGCUGGAGGACGGUGUCAAGUUUAAGAUGCUAGAGAUCCGCGCAGUACUCGAUGCUGAACCUGAAGUGAAUGAGACAUUCACAGUGAGCCUGUCCAACCCAACAGGGGGUGCACGGCUAGGUGACCCUCUGCACACGCUCAUUACUGUCCUUGAGAACAUUGCUCCUUCUGGCUUGUUCCGUAUCGGACCCACUCUUGAUAGAAGUAAUACAGAAGUGAUGGCCAAUGAAGACGGUGGAACCAUCUUCAUCACUGUGUCUCGCAGCAAUGGUCUAGAAUCUGCUGUCAGCGUGGAGUGGGAGACACAGUCUGACACAGCAGUUGCUUCAGAGGGCCCUCUCUCAAUGAUGGGUUUGUACCAGAGCUUUGAGGACAGUCCCACCUCUGCUUGGUGUUCCCUUCCUGGAAUUCCAUCCAUGCUUGCUGUGAGACUUGAUAAGAGUCCUGCCGUGGGAACCUCCGAUACGUUGGCCACCCUUUAUCGCUGGCAGGGUGUGUUUGUGCCAAUAGAGUCUGCUAGAAUUCAGGACCCAACAUCUUGUGUUGGAUUUUCAAUUCAAAACACCACCUACAUUGGCAUCACACAUGGUGGCGCUCCCUUUGCCCCUGCAGCCAACCUCAGCAUCUUAAAACUGCACGGGGACCUCAAUAUCACAUUGGAACAAAUAAUAGGCGUUGAAUCUUUGGAAAUCAAGCACUUCUCAACUGAAGACAGAGAUUUUCUGAUUGCAUCAAGUCAGAUUUUUCUGUGGACGGGUACCUCCUUCACGCUCCUGCAGACACUUGACUUUGAAGAAGAGAUCAUCAUUGUGGCUCCAUUCACCCGUGCAGAUUCUAUUUAUUUAGUAGUUUGCUUGAACAGUGAGACGACCAGCUGCCUCCUUCUUCAAUGGUCCAGUGGAAGAUUUGGGAAUCCAGAAAGCCUCCCUGUCACUGGUAGAGCCAGCCAAGUGGAGACAGUCCAGACGGGGGCAGAGGACACUCUGUUGUUGGUAUUUCUUCAAGGUGUCCCUCCUUCUUGUGAAGUGCUCCGGUGGAGAUCCGGGCAGCAUUCACCUGAUUUGUAUCAGUCCAUUCCUCAUCCAGGCCUCACCUCAAUUCAUUCUUUCACAACUCCCUCUCAACUCACAUACCUCCUUCUAGCUGGUGGAAAUAGUUCAUCCCUAUACUUCUGGAGGACUGAUGUCAACCUGUUCACAGUUAUACUGAAAGCCCCACCAGCUAUGAGAUUCUUCUCCUUUCAAGUCCCAUCUCUCAACACCACCAAGACACUCUUAGCUUCUUCUGAGGAGAACCGUUCCAGAAUUUAUGAAUUAACUUCCGUCUCCAACCAGUCCGACUUCAUUCCCAGUUUUGGAGAGCUGCACUUUUUACCCGGCGACAGCGAACUCCAAAUUGCAGUGAAUGUCAUUGAUGACGAUGUUCCUGAGGAGCAAGAGCAAUUCCAGGUCCGCCUUAAGAAUCCAAAGGGUGGAGCAGAGAUUGGAUUUGGUGGUCUGGUGAAUGUCGUGGUUCCGAGUAACGACAAUGCCCAUGGAGAGAUUGGUUUUGCUAAGAAUUAUCUGUCUAUGGAGGUUGAGGAGCUGGAGCAAAAUUAUCAAAUCUCUCUCAUUGUGGAGAGGAGAAGGGGGACCUUUGGCCGACUGACAGUUCACUGGCGUGCCAAUGGGAGUCUGGCGGACAUUUACCCAACUUCAGGAGUGGUAGCAUUCUCAGAGGGCCAGUCGAUCGGCACCAUUCCACUGACUGUGCUAGCAGAUGACGUCGCGGAACUGAGAGAAAGUGUUACCAUCACCCUAAUGGAUGUCACCACCGUGGGGCUGCAGGACCCACAACAAGCAGCGGUUAUUAACAAGCUGCGGGCAAAUGCUCUACUCACCAUCCUACCAAAUGGUUCCCCCUAUGGGGUGAUUGGAUGGCAUCUGGACUCUCAGAUUACUCUAAUGCAAGAACCGCAUGCUUUUCCAGUCAAUCUGACUUUGUCCAUAGUCAGGGAGCAUGGCUCCUCAGGUAAGGUCGCAAUACAUUACAACACCAGGCCAGCUUUGUACCAGCCUCCGUCCAACCAGGCCAGUGCUGAUGAGGACUACAUUGCCAAAGACAGCACUCUUAUUAUGACUGAAGGGGCAACCGUGGCACUUGUGACCAUCACAAUCCUUCCAGAUGACAUCCCAGAACUAUCAGAGAGUUUCCUGGUAAACAUCACCAGUGUGGAGUUAGUUAGUGGGCUAGACACAGCAGGCCAUCCCUCUGUGAAAAGACCAGGCAUGGAAGUAGCUGAAGUCACCAUUCAGGAGAAUGAUGACCCUCGAGGGAUCCUGCAGUUUGUUGUACCUGAGGAUGUGCAUGGAAUCAUGGUGGCCUACGAGAUUCCACCUCCUGACAACAUCCUCUUCCUGAAUGUGGUGCGACUUGCAGGUGUUACUGGAAGACUGGUCGCUUACUGGGAGGCUCAGCCUCUGACUGCUGAUCGUAAUGAUUUUAGCCCGUCAUCAGGAAACGUCACCUUUCAAGACGGCCAGAGAGAAGCCGUUAUUACCAUCACCAUCUUGGAUGAUGACCAUGUGGAGGACUUGGAGACUUUCAGAGUGACUUUACUGCGUGUGAUUGGUGGUGCUCGACUUGGAGAUGUUACCUCUGUGACUGUCAGCAUUCCGGCCAAUGAUUCACCUCUAGGGCGAUUUGGAUUUCAGGCGCUUGAGGUUGUUGUAAGCGAGCCAGAAUUUGUUGAGGAUCCCGUUGCUGAUGCCCGACUCGCAGUGUUGCGAAGUGGAGGAGGUGAAGGGGCAGUGACAUUGGUGUGGCAGCUGGAUGGCCAAGCUGUAAAUGACUUGUCACCUCUCAGUGGGACUCUUGUCUUUUCUGAGAAUGAAUCACUGAAGACUUUUGUGAUAAGAGCCCUUGCUGACAGCAUACUGGAGGGAGAUGAGCACUUCACUGUCAAUCUGUUUCCUGGAAAUGGCAGUGGUGCUGUCAUUGACCCUUCAAAUGACAUGGCGACCGUCACCAUCAUGGCAGACAAGGCUGCCCUUGGCAUCAUAGGGCUAGCAGAGUCCUCAAGGACCAUUUUUAUUGGUGAACCUGAAGGAUUAUACAAUGGCAGCGCUGUUGUCAGCCUUAUUCGUGGGCCAGGUGUGUUCGGGGAGGUGCAGGUGCAUUGGAAUAUCACUCCUGCUUUGGUUGCAGAGUUUGAAGAGAUAUCUGGCACAGUGACUAUGAGGGACCAGCAGUCCGUAGCUUCUUUUAUUCUAAUGGUUGUCGAUGAUGAUUUUCCUGAGGAACGGCGUGAUUUCCAGUUAACCCUGACAUCCAUGUCACCGGGCCUGGAAAUCAGUCCCACUGCACGCCAUGCCAGGAUAAUCAUGGCAGCCAGUGACAACCCCUAUGGCCUGUUCUCCCUCACCCAGCAACAGAUCAGUGCAAUUGAGGAGGAACAAACUGUAAAUGUGACAAUUAAUCGCUCAUUAGGCACGAUGGGCAGCGUUUGGGUCACCUUUCAGACUUCAGGCACCACAGCAGUUAGUGGUGAGGACUUUGCUUCAGCUUCAGGGCGAUUGCUCUUCGCCCCGGGCCAGACGUCAAAACAAGUCUCAGUGGGUAUCUAUGAUGACAGUCUUCCUGAGGGACCAGAGAUGUUCUUUUUUAACAUCACUGAAGUGGAAGUGGUAAACACCAGUGGUUUGAACUACACAAUAAGAGAUUCUGGUCUCCAGCUGGACCAGCCUCCAGUCAUAGGUGACAUCUCAUCUAUUGCAGUUGUAAUACUGAAGAAUGACAAUGCUGAGGGUGUCUUAGAGUUUAAACAUGGCUAUGUAAACAUCACGGUUGAAGAGGAUGCAGGCACUUUGUUGAUACCGGUGGUGAGGAGAACCGGUUCUUAUGGAACUGUCUCAGCUGAAUACAUUUCCACCGGCCUGAGUGCAACUCCUGGUCUUGACUACAUCAUGAAUAAUGGCUCAGUGAUGUUCAUCCAAGGACAAGAAACUAGUUUUGUUAAUGUUACAAUUUUAGAUGACGAGCAAAGUGAAUAUGCAGAGGUGUUUGAGGUCUUGCUGGUUGGAGCCACAGGAGGAGCGGUCCUUGGCUUUCACAAAGUCGUCAGAGUGACCAUCAACAAGAGUGACUCUCCCAGCGGUGUGGUGCGGUUCCUUAACGAGAGCCUAAUCACCAUUGUCAACCCAAACGGCACUCAAAAACUCACACUUGUCUUAGAAAGGACAGGAGGCCUUGUUGGCAAUGCAACGGUUGCUUGGAUCAUUCUUGGACCAAACAGCAGAGAUACCCUCCCUCAGUCCAAUACAGAUAUUAGAGAGCCCUUGAAUGGGUCGUUUUUCUUUAGUGAUGGAGGGGGAGGCGAACGCAUUAUUGAGCUGCGGAUCCUCCCUCAUGGUCAAGUGGAAAUAGAGGAAACAUUUGUAAUAGAGCUCAGCAUUCUGUCAGGUGAUAUGGACCUUGACCAUCAGGCUGGCUCCAUAACUCUAAAGAUUGAAAAAUUUGGAGACCCAAAUGGUAUAGUUCAGUUUACUGAGGAUACUCUUCAAGAACGCCUCUACAGUGAACCCACAGAAGCAGAGGGCUUGAGCAACAUAUCAUUACACAUUACACGUCGAGAGGGUAUCAUGGGUAAUAUAACGGUCCACUGGCAAAUACAGAGUGAAUCUGACAUAACUGGGGAUUUCCUCGUAUUUUCCGGCACUGUGCUAAUCCGGGAAGGCCAGAGAGAGGCAGAAAUAGUGGUUACUCUGAUGCCUGACACCGUACCGGAGCUGGAAGAGCUCUACACUGUUCAACUCACAGCUGUAGAGGGCGGUGCUACCCUGGAUGUCAACACAAACCUUUUACGCACCCACAUUAGGGUACAUGCUAAUGAUGACCCCCAUGGCGUCUUCUCCUUGAAUCCUGGGCAGCAGUCUGUGGUAGUGGAGGGGUCAGGGUUAGAGGCCCGCAGAGUUCUGGUUAUGAACGCAACUCGGCUUGCAGGGUUGUUUGGCAAUGUCAGUGUGGGCUACAGAAUCACUGACGGGGCAGAAGAGGUGAUGGACAUUGAGGUAUUUGUGGGAGGACAAGCGGAAGGAAGACUGUUGUUCACAGAUGGGCAGGCUUUCAGUGUUGUUACUUUGCCGAUCACCAACCAGGUAUUUUUAUCAUUGGGUGAGACUUUCUCAGUAGAGCUAACUGAUGUAAUACUUUUGAGUCCUUUACUUGGCACACCACCCCGCCUCCACCAUGAGUCCACUGUUGCCAUGGUGACUAUACCAGAGGAAGCUGCCAGCUCAGAGGUGGGUUUUUCCUCUCUGGCCCUGCACGUUUCAAACAUUGAAACAGGGGAAUGUGAAGCCAAGGUGACACGAGGAGGGUUAUUUGGGGAUAUCAGGGUCGAGUGGAGAGCCGGGUAUCCUCCAGGGCAAUCUCCACCUGGCUUUAGGAUUGGGUUGAUCACACCAAGUUCAGGAUCACUAACCUUCUCCCAUGGAGAAAGGACAAAAGUUAUACCUCUGACAGCUUUGGCUGAUACAUCUGUCCCAACUGCACAUGCGUUGUAUCUUAGUACGGCUGCCUCUAGCCCUAUUUUCGGCAGCCAUGUCAAGCUCAGGUCAGGCUAUACAGUAGCAGAAGUGGAGCCAUUGGGGAUCUAUCAGUUUGCUCCCGAUUCCCGCCACCUCGUCAUUGAGGAGGACAUUCAGACUGUAACGCUCUAUGUCCAGAGGCUCUAUGGUUCUCGUAGCAACAGCACUCGCCUGUCUUACACAACAAUUGCAGGCAGUGCAUCUACAGGAUUUGAUUUCAUCUCUGUGCCAGAUGGACGUUUGGCUUUUGACUCUGCUCGGCAAACCAACACUUCCCUCCAUAUUUCAAUCUUUGAUGACGCUCUUUCAGAACCGGAUGAAUAUUUUCACGUCAAUCUCACGAAUGUUGAAGAUACAUUUUGGGCAGAUGUUGUCCCUCGUCUUAACCCACCUCACAGUCUGGCAACGGUUACCAUCCUGGUGAGUGAUGUGACCAGUGGAGUGCUGAGUAUCGGACCAGGGCUGGUCAAAGUACCUGAGGAUAAAGAUGAAGAGAGUCAGCAGGAGCGAAAGGUGGUUCUGCGGGUUCGCAGGUCGGACAGUGUGAUUGGAGAUGUGCGAGUUCAGGUUAAAGCAUAUGGAGAUGGAAGCACAACACCGUUCCCCUUCGCCCAUGAAUCUGUUCAACCUUUAGCAAAAGAGAAUCAGGACUUCCACUUGGAGUCUUCCAUUGUGCUCUUGCAGGCUGGUCAGAAUGAGACAGAAGUGAGCCUCUUUAUUCUGGAUGACUCAGAACCAGAAGGACAGGAGGUGUUCUACAUCUAUCUCAGUGACCCCGAGGGAGGGGCUCAGAUCACUGACAAUCCAGAUCAGGGAUUUGGAGCUUUUGCCAAAAUCACCAUUCUUGGGAGUGAUUUCCAUAAUGGUAUUGUAGGCUUCAGUUACAAUUCACUGAUGGGUCAGGUUCUGGAAGAAGACUCCGAGAACAGAACAGUUCAGCUCUUACUGCAAAGGCAACAAAACAGAGCCUUUGAGGAUUUGCAGAUUUUCUGGAGAGCUACAUUUAACAAAGCAGCUCCAAUUCUUGUCAGUAAUGGAGUGAACCUAACUAAACAGCUGGUGCACACAUCAGGAUUUGUACUAUGUAGAAGAGGAGUGACAACCUGUGCUUUUACUUUGGAGGUCCAGGAUGAUGAGGAACCAGAGUACCAUACUUGGUUCUUAGUGGAAAUUUUCCAAGUGGGCGAUGGCGCCACCAUCAAUGAGACCAGCCGAUUUGCCAAUAUUACUUUGGCGGAAAGUGAUGAUCCACGAGGCAUAGUGUACUUUGCCAUCAGCCACAGGCUCCCCACCGCCACUCCAACGACCACAAGACUCAGUCUCCAGGUGUACAGAAGAGCAAGCACAGCUUCAGCCAUGUCUGUAUGGUAUCGCACUCUGGAGCUGCCCAUGGAGGAUUUGUUUGGACCAUAUGUAAUCCAUCCAGCUAAAGCCGGAAUGGAUUUCCCUAGACAGGACGGCAUGCUAACCUUUGAUGCAGGUCAUCGCAAUGCAUCUCUGGACAUUUAUCUAACCCCUGACAUUGCGUCACCUUUACCCAGGCCUAAGCGCUUCCAAGUGGAGCUUUUUAACGCCACAGGCGGCGCCCGAGUGCACCCGGAGUUUGGCCUCGCAAAUGUGACAAUAGUGUCAAAUGUUGCCAGUGCCACUAUGUGGGCCUUGCUGGGGAAAUUGCAUCAACCUCUCGAUAUGACGAUAUUAAACCAGAUGUUACACGGACUCAUCGACCGGACUGCUGCCAUGUUACCUCGAGAGCAGAUGACUGCUGUGCUUGAAGCUUUGGGGAAGGUACUUGCAGUGGCCGAGAGCACCGCUAUACAUGAAAGCAGCCGCAAUUUGACCUAUGACCUGCUAUGCACUUUGGCCAACCCCAGCAGAGCCGACACACGGGGCCUUAGCCACCUUGUAGAGGUGGCUGAACGAUUUGCCUUCUCCUUCCUCACAAACAGUCACUGUGAGAUAGGAGGUUAUAUCUUGGACACGUGUCCACACAUGUCCAUGUCUGCCUUCCAGUGGUAUCCCACGCAAAUCAAUGGACACACAUUCAGGGGGCGUAAUGGAGACUUCUUGCAGCUUCCAAACACAUUGCUGGCAGUGCCGGCCGUAACCACCCCAGAUUGUCGCAACCUCAGCCGCAUUCAUAUGAUUGAGUUCAGAAAUGACAUAUGGUUUCUCACCAAUGAUACAGCGAAUGCUCUCAAUGGGAAGGUUUUCUCUGUCAGCUUACAGGACAGACCAUCAAGACCACUUGGAGAUGGUAUAGAGGUGACUUAUCGUAUCCACACUACUGGUCAGCCACUUAAACCAGGACGUUCUAUGUGCCUGCUCUGGAACCAGACCACUUCAAGCUGGUCAUCAGAUGGUCAGUACUGCAGGGUUGUGAAAGAGAGAGGGAGCUAUGUGGAGUGUGCCUGCUCCCACAUGUCUAUUUACACCGCCUAUGCAGAGUUUGCCCCCCUGGCAUCAUACAACCAGGCCUUCUACGCCUCAGGGUUCAUUUGCAUCUCAGGUUUUGCACUGGCCAUAAUAGCCCACAUCCUGUGCUCCCGUUUCCCUAUGUUUGCUGCCAAACUGCUGGUUCACAUGAUGGUGAGCUGCCUAGGAACACAGAUCUGCUUCCUGGUAUCGGCUUUCCGUGGCCGGGUGUUUGCUGAGGACAGCUGUGCAACUCUGGCGCUCUUCUCUCACUAUUUCCACCUCAGUCAGUUCUUUUGGAUGCUAAUACAGGCAGUCAACUUCUGGCAGGUUCUUGUAAUGAAUGAUGAGCACACAGAACGCCGCUAUCUUCUCUAUUUCCUGUUGGGAUGGGGUCUUCCUGUUCUUGUCAUCAUCAUCCUCGUCAUUGUGCUGCUUGGAGGCUUCGGCUGGAGCAUCCAUGCUGUCUAUGGAUUGGUGCAAGGCGACGUGUGCUUCAUCCCGAACAUCUAUGCAGCUCUGUGCACAGCUGUGCUGGUCCCUCUCAUCUGCCUUGUUGCUAUGCUGGUCGUUUUCAUCCAUGCCUACAAAGUCUCUCAGCAGUGGAAGGCCUAUGAUGAUGUCUACCGCGGACGUACAAACAGCACAGAGGUGCCGCUGAUCCUCUGCCUGUUCCUGCUCAUCUCUCUGGUGUGGUUGUGGGCAGGACUUCAUAUGGGCUACAAGCACCUGUGGAUGCUCAUCCUCUACAUCAUCUCUAACAGCCUGCUGGGUCUGUAUGUGUUUGCAGUUUACUUUGUCAUGCACAACCAACUCUGUUGGCCGACUAAAGCUACUUACACAGUGGAGAUGAGUGGCCAUGACAGUCCAGACUCCACCUACCAAGGGGGGGGACCCACCACUGUUGGAGCUGACAUCAACAAAUCAACACAGAACCUCAUCAGUGCCAUGGAGGAGGUAUCAGCAGACUGGGAGCGGACAUCACUAAGGACUCAGCUCCCGAGUGAUUUCAAGCCGAGUCCAGUGAUGGAGACAUACGCUACUGAGGGUGGCUUCAUCAACACCAACCUGGUCACUGCAGACGAGGAGUCCCAGGAGUUUGAUGAUCUCAUAUUUGCCUUAAAAACUGGGAGCGGCCUUAACGUGAGCGACAAUGAGUCCAUCCCGGGCAGCCACGAUGGUGGGAGCGUAACCAGCUCCCAGAUCGUGGAGCUCAGAAGGAUCCCCAUCGCUGACACACACCUAUAACCUUACUUAGCACAAGACAGUAUUUUUCUACCAUGACAUUUGUUUGCACUAAAAUAUUGUUGUUGUUUUUUGUGGAAUAGUACAUUUUCAUAUAGUGCUUUGAUAUCAUUUUUACAGUUUUUAUAUGGAUGUAUGAACUUCAAUAUCCAAAUAUUUUAGUAAAUUAAAAGUGAGUGUAUUUGGGGAUUUUUUGUAGCAAACUACUAAACAAUGUUAAUAAAUAAUAUUCUGUCUAUUUUAAAUUUGGCUGUGCUGAGUUUUAUUAUGUAAUGCCCUGUGAAUUCUGCUGUUUUAAGUUGAAUUGCGUACAGGAGAGGCUGGGUACUGCUUUCCACCAUGAUUAUGUAAGUGAGCCUGCAUGGGGUAA